UGUGUUUGACGCCGUCAUUUUAAAUUAAGUGAACGACGAUGUCUAGAAACAUCUGUUGUAUCUACUACGCUUUUAAGCAACCAUAAGCAUAAUACUGUUGUGUCGUUGGAAGGCACUUGCUAAAAUUUUCCAAGAAGUUUAGUAAAAUAUCCAAAUAAAAGUUCAUCAUGCCUAUCACCCCAUACUUGCAAACUCCCUUCACCGAUUUGACCGGUAGCUUGAUUAACCAUCAAACCUACGAUAAAUGCGGUGAAAUGGAAAUGAACAUGAUGGACUGCUUGGAAGCCUACGGUGCCGACAGGGGUAAGAAAAUGUGCAAGGAUCUAAUUGAUGAUUACAAUGAAUGCUUUACCAUGCACAAACAAAUGGCACGUUUCCAUGCUAUGCGCAAAGAACGUAUGCGUCAAGGUACAUUUGCUGAUCCACCAAGAGUUGAUGCUUAUUAGAUUUAUCCGGCAUUUCUAAAGGAUCACGUAAUAUGUAAAAUAUAGUUAAAUUAUCAACUUUAAUAUUUGAAUGAAAUAUAACUUGGGAAAAUCAGAAGUCUA